UUUUUUCAGAAUCGCAUAUAUCCAUGAGAAUGAUGAAUACCAAGUGAUGCGAUUUUAUAAGUCAGUUCUACAGAGGCAUCAUGGGAGAAAGUAGUAAAGCACUGUAUGCCAGGAUGCUGGUGGAUGUUGUUAUCGGACCAGUCCUGGACAAUUUAGAGAAGAAAGAUAUAUCUGCAGCCCACACAUUGAGAGCAGCUUUCUCAAAGGCUGACCACACAUUACCAGGGUUUGUGUAUGAUACAAUAAGAGGUAUGCUGAGGAAAGCAGAAAUGACCGACAAAGUAGAUAUGUGUGAAACAUUACUGAGACUAGGAGGCACUCAAGAUAGUGAUGAACUCAAAUUAUAUCGCCCAGAAAAGACAUUUCAAGACUUGAGCAGAUGUGCUUCUGGUUUGAAAAUGAUUCUUGGUAGGAUACCAGAUCAAAUUUAUGACAGAAAACAGUUUUUAGAAACAAUUAAAGAAAUCGCUAGUUCAAUCAAACUGUUAUUAGAUGCCUUCAACAAAGUGAUAGAAGAUGUUCCUUCAAGUGACAGUGGGAGCAAACAGAUCUUAGAAGACAGGAAAAAAGAAUUUGUAAGAUAUUCUAAGAAAUUCAGUAAUAUGUUGAAGGAGUUUUUCAGAGAUAGCAGUCAAAAACAGAAUGUUUUCCUGAGUGCCAACUUCCUUAUAUACCAGACCAACGUUAUUCUUAGAACAGUUAAACAGGAAUGUUGUUGAUUAUCUAAAUUGGUUUGUCAAAAACAAAAAAAUACAUGGUAAAAACAAAACCAAAAUUUUUGAUGACAAUUAUGUUUGUCCAUACAAUUUGUAAGUGAUGACACAUUGAAAUGAGUAUGACCAAAUAUUUAUCAUGACAUUUUAUAAUUAUUUUUGAACUUUUUUUUUGUUGGACAAACUAGAGUUGUGCAUUAUUUAAUUUCAGCAUUAUGUACCUGUAAUACUUCAGGCUGUUUUAAAAGUGUUCAAACAAUAUUAGGGGCCUGACCAUAAAUUUUUUUUGAAUCAAAGUCAGUGAAUUUAUGACUUUGUUCUCAUGUGAAAGUCAUCUGAUCACUUGUUAUAUAGUCAUACAUUUUUUAACAACAGUAAGAGACGAGAUAAGUUUCAUUAAGUAUUGAGAUACGAAAAUCAAUGUUUUGCAUUUGCGCCAAUCUGCAUUUCACUGGCGCAGAUUCAGAUUUCCAUUUGCAUCUAUUGUGUACAGGUAACUUACAGGUGGAUGCUAAUUUUAAUUUACUAUUUUAAACAUCUUCUGUUAGCCAGUUGUACAUGUGUUAUAAGUUGUUUAUUAUUACAGGAAUAUAACUGUUGUCCCAUGCCCACCUAGGGGAGGUGGAAGUAGGUUUUCAAGUAGGAUAAGUCAAUUUAAAAGAAAAAUCACUCUGUUUAUAUUGACUUAAAUCAUGUAGCAUUCAAAACAUUAAAAUCCAUAAAAACGGUAUACAAUGAAUUACGAAUUGUUCUUGCAGAGUAUUUACAUGCAACACAUCUGGUGUAUUCCUCACUUGUAAUUACCUCAUUUAUAUUCUUGUUGUACUUGUCUUUAUGAUAAAUAAAAAUUAACAUUCAUCUGUAAUUUACUUGUACACAAUCUCAAAUUUUUGAAAACAGCGCAAAUGUCAUACGCUCAUGAAUAGUUUGAAUUUUUCAUGAUCAUUUAAAAUGAACAAAACUUAUGAGGGGUCUGAAUAUGGGUAUUCUAUAUGUUUUUUUUCUAAAAAUUAAAAUACUGGUGAGAACCAGCAGAUUUCUUCAAGGACCAAGCAAAGAACUCUUAAAUUUCGGGGUAUCAAUAUGUAGAUAUAUAUUCUGAAAUUGCAAUAUCAAAAUAUUUUUCAAUACCAUCUGAUAAUUAUUGUUGAUGCAACAUUUCUAUCAAAAAUUCAGAAAAAUAAUUUGAAUUGACUUUUGUACUGGUCAAGUAGCUCAUAUGCAAUAUUCUAAACAUAAUUUGACUGUAUGUUCUUUAAGGUGCUGUGAAAGUUUCAAUUGUUAAUGCAAUACAUCAUUUUGUUAUUAUUUGUGUAAUAUUAUAGAAUACAACCUUUUGGUUCAUUCUAGUUCAUGAAUGUGUUUUGAACAUGUAAGGGUAAGUAAUGUGAACAGUGGUAAAAAUGCAGAAAAGCAAUGACGUUGUGAAAAAUUACUGGUACAAUGUAAUAUACCAAUCAUACAUAUUUUAAAUAGUCUAUAUAAACUUAAUUUGCAAUAUGAAACAUUAAUAUGUAAUUCUUGUUGACUCAUAUUCUGAUGGUUUUUUUCUUUAUUAUUAUUUUCAUUUAUAAAUAAUUGGUAAAAUUACUGGCAAUAUGAAGAUUACGUCAUACUUUCUGUAAAAAUUCUUACUGCACUAAGAUUAUUUUUAUGCCCCACCUUCGAUAGUAGAGGGGCAUCAUGUUUUCUGGUCUGUGCCUCUGUUUGUUCGUUCGUCCGUCCAUCCGUCUGUGCGUCCGUUCGUCCUGCUUCAGGUUAAAGUUUUUGGUCGAGGUAGUUUUUGAUGAAGUUGAAGUCCAAUCAAUUUGAAACUUAGUACACAUGUUCCCCAUGAUAUUAUUUUUCUAAUUUUAAUGCCAAAUUAUAGUUUUGAACCCAAUUUCAUGGUCCACUGAACAUAGAAAAUGAUAGUGCGAAGUUCAGGUUAAAGUUUUUGGUCAAGGUAGUUUUUGAUGAAGUUAAAGUUACAUCAACUUAAAACUUCGUACACAUGUUCCCUAUGACAUGAUUUUUCUAAUUUUUAUUCCAAAUUAAAGUUCUGACCCCAAUUUUCACGGUCCACUGAACACAGAAAAUGAUAGUGCGAGUGGGGCAUCUGUGUACUAUGGACACAUUCUUGUUUUAAUCUUUUUUGCAAAAGCUUUAAAUGACUUCGAAAACAUAGAAAUCAGUAUCAUGGUUAAUGAAUUAACUAUUUACACAAUCUUAUUACAUUUGUACUACCUUUCUAUAGUAAGCAGAAGAGGAAUUAUGUCUGUUGAACAAUAUUCAAAAACACCAUUUACUGCCAUUUUUUUAAUAUGAACAAAGACCAAUGAGUAAUUAGUUGAAUUGUUAUCUUUGCUAUCAUAAUUUUCUAUUAUUGGUACAUCGAAUAUUUGUAUUGAGUUAUUGUUAUUUUCAUUUUUAUGCCUUCUCAGUUUAAACCAUUUACCAGUUCGUUGUCUUGCAACUAAAAGUGUCUUGCACUUGUCAGUUAAAUUUGAUUUUUUUUCAAAAGAUAUUGAAAAGUAUUUAGGUGUUGAUUUCGAUAUUCUUCUAACAAGGUGGCUCACUCUAACCAGCAAUUUAAUUUCAACAAUUUACCAAUUUUCUAAAACUUGAAACACAAUUGAUAACAUGUAACAGUGUAUACCACAGCUAUGGUUUUUGCUGUAAAUAUUUAAUUCAAAAGAGAUUUUUUUUAAUUGCAUAAUCUUAAUUUAUGAAUACUAGUACAUGGUUGUAAUGUUUUUUGUUUAAAUCAAAUUUUUUAUCAUUUCUGUUAACAAUGUGUUUUUUUAUUUAUUUAUGCCUUAAAUCAGGGACGUAUAUAUGUCCUUGCUUAAAUCAAAGACAACAAUAGGUGUUCACAAUUAUAUUUUUUUUGAAACAACAAACUUAUAUAUUAUAUUGCAAUAUAAUCUUUU